AUGACCUCCACGGAGAAAAGCUACGACUUGAACUACCUCUACAGGAACGAGGAGAACCUCGAUUGUCCGCCCCAGCCUCCCGGCUAUCGACCGUACGGGACCGACUACCUUCAGCAGCGGGGAAGCUUCCCAAGCAAGCAGUCCACCUACCCUCCGCCUCCUCAGCAGCAGAGCUAUCCUGCCGGCCAGGCCUACCCUCCGCCUCCUCAGCAGCAGGGCUAUCCUGCCGGCCAGGCCUACCCUCAGCCUCCGCCGCCGCAGCAGCCGAGUCCCGGCUACGCUUGGCAGCAGGGCGGCGCAGGAGGUGGUGGCUAUCCGCAGGCUCAGCCGCCACCGCCACCACAACAGCAACAGCAGGGCUACGCUGCCGGCCAGGCCUACCAUCAGCCUCCCCAGCAGGGCUACGCUGCCGGCCAGGCCUAUCCUCCUCAGGCGCCGCACCCGCCGCAACAGCAGCAGCAACAGGGCUAUCCUGCCGGUCAGGCCUCCCCUCAGCCUCCGCCGCCGCCUCCGCAGCAGCCGAGCCCCGGUUACGCUUGGCAGCAGGGCGGCGCAGGCCUCUAUCCUCCCCAGGGCCAGCCGCCAGAGUACCAGGGCUACGCUACCGGCCAGGCCUCUCCUCCGCCGCCGCCCCAGCAGCCCGGCUACGUCCAGCCUUGGCAGCAGGGAGGAGGAGGCGGUCUCUAUCCUCCCCAGCCACCUGUGUACCCGACUUAUGCGCCGCAGCAGGGUACCGCGGCUCCGCUCUACUCCCAAUCUUACGUGGACCAGAGAGUGGAGACCGUAUCCACCAACCCCCAACACCCGGAGCGGAAGGCGACGAAGACGAAGGAGACCAGGAGCCGCUCGUUCUCGCAUGGCCUGCGGGGAUUGUUCCACAAGGAGAAGGAGGCCGCCGCCGCUGACGGGACAGCCCCCGCCUCGAUCGAAGUGCAGAAGGUGCAGCUCAAGAACGCCAGAAGCCGCUCGCUGUCGCAGGGACUACGGACCCUGUUCCGCCCCGAGGACCACAGCAAGGCCGCCGCAGCCGCAGAUGAUCAGGGACUGGUCGCGGAGGAAACUCUGGUGGUACACACGACUGAAACAGCAGCGCAACCAGAGAGAAGCGGUGGCGGCGAGGAGCACGAGGAGAAGAAGGAAGAGAAAAAGCAUAAGAAGGCAGACUCAGCGGCAACCGGACUCAAGGCCCUGACGGUCGCAGGCGAAGCCCUUCACGCCCUCGACCUCCUGUCGUCUUUGACCUUCUAA